AUGUCGAAGACUUUAAACGCCUACAGAAUAAAGAAGAUCGAAUCGCUAGGCAGGAUGACGGCGAUGACGCAGGAGGAGAUGGUGGCCGGCGCUCGCACCGUGGCCGCCGGGCUCGAGGCCCUCAGGGCGGAGCACGCGCAGCUACUGGCCGGCCUAGCCGCCAACACAGAACAUGAACAUGAGAAGGUGGCAUUGGUUCGCAAAGGAAUCGAUGCGAUUGAACUCGGCUUGGGAGAGGCACAGGUGAUGAUGGCCCUAGCCUCUCACUUACAGUCAGUAGAGGCGGAGAAGCAAAAGUUGAGGACUCAAGUGCGUCGCCUCUGCCAGGAGAAUGCGUGGCUCAGGGACGAGCUGGCGGCUGCACAGCAGCGCCUCCAGGCCUCCGAACAGAGGGUCUCACAGUUGGAGGAAGAAAAUAAACAUUUGGACUUCAUGGCCUCUAUACGUAAAUACGACAGUGAUAUAACUGAAGAGUCGGAAACCAGUCGCAGCGGCCAGGCCGAUAACAAGCGGGACGACCCGAUGGUCGAUCUCUUUCCAGAUGACGACCACGAAGACAACAGGAAUAAUAAGUCCAUGUCCCCGACCCCGCCGUCGCAGUUCGCGCAGCAAGUGAACGUGGGCUACGAGAUCCCGGCGCGCCUGCGCACGCUGCACAACCUCGUCAUCCAGUACGCGUCGCAGGGCCGCUACGAGGUGGCCGUGCCGCUCUGCAAGCAGGCGCUCGAGGACCUGGAGAAGACCUCCGGGCACGACCACCCCGACGUUGCCACCAUGCUCAACAUACUGGCUUUGGUGUACAGAGACCAAAACAAAUACAAAGAGGCUGCCAACCUCCUGAACGACGCGCUCUCCAUCCGCGAGAAGACGUUGGGCGAGAACCACCCCGCCGUGGCCGCCACGCUCAACAACCUCGCCGUGCUCUACGGGAAGCGAGGCAAGUACCGCGAGGCGGAGCCGCUGUGCAAGCGCGCGCUGUGCAUCCGUGAGGCGGUGCUCGGCCGCGACCACCCCGACGUCGCCAAGCAGCUCAACAACCUCGCGCUGCUCUGCCAGAACCAGAACAAAUACGAGGAGGUGGAACAGUACUACCAGCGAGCGCUGGAGAUAUACGAGAGCAAGCUCGGCCCCGACGACCCCAAUGUGGCCAAGACCAAGAACAACCUAGCUUCCUGCUACCUCAAACAGGGCAAAUACAAGGAAGCGGAAACUCUAUACAAACAAGUGCUGACAAGAGCACACGAACGUGAAUUCGGCACCAUCGACGGGGAUAACAAGCCGAUCUGGCAAGUGGCUGAAGAGAGAGAAGAGAACAAACACUUACAGAAGGAGAACGCGCCCUACGGAGAGUAUGGCGGGUGGCACAAAGCUGCUAAGGUGGACUCCCCAACAGUGACCACGACCCUCAAGAACCUGGGCGCGCUGUACCGGCGCCAGGGCAAGUACGAGGCGGCGGAGACGCUCGAGGACUGCGCCCUUCGCAGCAGGAAGGAGCACGGCCCACCUCAUGCAUUGGACAUCGUAAAACAGUCGCGGGCUCGGAACGCGCGGCCGCGCGACUCGGACGCGCGGGAACAUGAUGAGGGCGCGAAUCAGGCGAGUGAGCCCCGCAUGAACCUUAAAUCCAAACUGUUCAAUGCGCUAGGUAUCAACACAGGCAGCGCCGGGCACCAG